UCAUCACUGUAUUUCAGACCCAUCAUGUUCUACAGUCUUCUGUUUGUCGCAGUAUUUGCUGCAUCUUCUAAUGCAUUCUCCAUCCAUAUGGGAAAUAUCGAGGAGAAGCUCCGACGUCUGAACCCGACACUCAUGAUGAUGGAACAACUUUUCAACCUACAAGACGAAACCCAGUGCAUUGAGAGGUUGUUCUGUCUGAUGGAAACCGAGGUGGCUGAAGACACAAAGAACCCUCUGAAGCAUUACUCCAGAUAUUUGACAAAUUUCUACAAUGAUAUCGAACCAUUGGCAUUUGAAAAGGUCAAGGCACUCCUCGCCAAAUAUCCUCACAUUUCAAAGGCCAUCGAUGCGAUUGCUCUUGGUCAAGCCACUGGUAGCAGUGACUCGUGCAACAAGAAAUUUGAAGAGUGCCCAAACGAACAGAGCGAGCUCGUCACGUUUGCGAAGAUGAUGGGAGACAAUGUUAUGAGUAAGCACAUCCCAACAUUGUUAGGCAAAAACAAACGCGGGGAUCCAGUCUGCACGGGUUCUGGAGUUACUUGCGGUUUGGUUGGAGGUGGUUGUGCCAUUUGCACCGUUGCAACCGAAGGAGCAUGCGGAAUUCUAUGCGGACCGGAAGUCGCCGCUGCCUGCGCUGGGGCUGGUCUCGGAUGUGCAGUUGGUAGAUAAAUUGUUGAUUUUUG